CUCGGAAGGGAAAGUGUAGAUUUCCACGAACACAGGGCUUUCUGUCUUCACGGUCGGCCGCGGUUCGCCCUUCCUGGAGCUGCCUUUGUGCUUGGAGGUAGAUCGCCCUGCGAGCCAAUCAGUCACCUGACCCGUCCCGGGAGCAGCCUGUGGCUUCCGCCACAUUCCUAGAAUUCUUACUCGCGGCUCCGGAGGGUGGACAGCUGCGGGUUCUCUGAGCUGCGCCGAUGCUGACUAUCCGCCUCCUGCCCCGGCUAGAAGCUUUCGGCCAGUGACAGCAAGAGGGCCUUGGAGGAGUAGCACGCAGAGACUGCCAAAGGAGACCCCGAAGUCUAAAGGAUAACGGCCCUUCCUGGGAUAUGAAGUGUACCUACUGCAACAUGGUUUUCUCUCUCUAGCCCUGGAUAGCUGAACAUGGCCCUGGGUCCACAGAGAGCCAAAUGAUCCAACCCACAAUGCAUCAGCUUUUCAGACUGGUUUUGGGACAAAAGGAUCUCUCCAGAGCUGGGGACCUCUUCUCUUUAGAUGAUGCUGAGAUUGAAGACAGCCUGACGGAAGCUCUGGAGCAGAUUAAAGUCAUUAGCUCAUCUUUGGACUACCAAACUAAUAAUAAUGACCAGGCGGUGGUUGAAAUCUGUAUCACAAGGAUCACAACGGCCAUCAGAGAGACGGAAUCCAUUGAAAAGCAUGCCAGGGCCCUGGUGGGACUGUGGGAUUCCUGCUUGGAGCACAACCUGAGACCCGCGAGGAAAGACGAAGAUACUCCACAUGCAAAAAUUGCAUCUGAUAUCAUGAGCUGCAUCUUGCAGAAUUACAACCGGACCCCUGUGAUGGUCUUAGCUGUCCCCAUUGCGGUGAAAUUCCUCCACAGAGGCAGCAAGGAACUGUGCAGGAACAUGUCCAACUACCUGUCCCUUGCUGCCAUCGCCAAGGCAGAUCUCCUGGCUGAUCACACAGAGGGGAUAAUAAGGAGCAUUCUUCAAGGAAAUGCCAUGCUGUUGAGGGUGUUACCUGCUGUGUAUGAAAAGCAGCCUCAACCGAUCAACAGACACCUGGCAGAACUCCUGGCCUUGAUGUCUCAAUUGGAGCAGACAGAACAGUACCAUCUACUCCGGCUUUUGCAUGCAGCAGCAAAGAAGAGAGACGUGGAGGUGGUUCAGAAAUGCGUUCCUUUCCUCAUCAGGCAUUUGAAGGAUUCAACCCACAAUGACUUCAUCCUAAACAUCCUCAUAGAAAUAGCAGGCUAUGAACCACUGGCUUUGAGCAAUUUUCUUCCAAUGCUGAAGGAGAUUGGGGAGAGAUUUCCCUACCUCGCUGGACAAAUAGCAAGGAUCUUUGGCGCUGUUGGACAUGUGGAUGAAGAAAGGGCCAGGUGCUGCCUGGGCUACCUGGUGAGCCAGCUGGCUAACAUGGAGCACUCCUUUCACCAUAUUCUCCUGCUGGAAAUUAAGAGCAUCACUGACGUCUUCUCCUCCAUCCUGGGCCCUCACAGCAGGGACAUCUUCCGAAUGAGCAACAGCUUCACCAACAUCGCCAAGCUGCUCUCCCGACAACUGGAAAACAGCAAGGCUGGGAAUGGCAGCAGAAAAACCGACGCUGCAGUUGGCUUUCCUGAGAAAGUGGGAGAAGCCAAGACCACGGAGCCUGCAAGGGAAAACCAUGAAAAACUCCAAGUUAAAAUCCAAGCUUUUGAAGACAAAAUAAAUGCCGAGGGCAAUACCCCUGGUUCUGUCCGGAGAUACAGUUUAGGCCACGUCUCUAAGGAAGAACAAAGAAACAUUCGAUUUGGCAGGUCCAGGAGCUUGGCUUUGAAUACUGUGCUCACAAACAGCAUGAGAGCCGAAGAUGGGGAACCUGGAUUAAGGGCAGGAAUACAAGCCAGCAUCUCUCUUUCAGAGAUAGACCCACUUAGCCUCGGAACAAGCAAGUUGCCCCUUAAGCUAGAUACCCACAGAUCGCAGCUGAAAAGUUCCUCAGCUUCACGCCCAAGUAUUGUGCAUAUAGAACCAGAGAAUAUGCCUGAAACCGUUAGAGAAAAUGUCCAGGAAGACAUUCCGGAGACUGCCUCAAGUCCUGAGGAAUACCAAGAUAAACUCUACUUGCAUUUAAAGGAAAACCUCAGUAAAGUGAAGGCUUAUGCCAUGGAAAUCGUGAGAAAGGUCCCAGUCCCAGACCAGUGCGACAUUGAAGAUACCGUGAAAAGUUGUGUGGCGAAGCUGUUCUUUACCUGUUCCUUAAAGGGUCAGUACUGCCUGUACAGCAGGUCCAGCUUCACCCUCAUCAGUCAAGCCCCCCAGCCAUGGAUCCAGACCAUGUUUCUCUUCCAACAGAGCCUGCUUCCUGAGCCCCUGUCCAUUCAGAGUGGGUCUGUGCAGUUCCUCAAAGCCCUGUGGGAGAAGACACAGGCCAGAGGAACCCACAGCUUCGAAGACGCCAUGACAGAGUCCACAUUUCUGCAGCAAAAGGCAAGCAUCAUAUUCCUGAAGCACAGCUUGGCCUUGAGUCUGGCCUCAACCCAUGAAACAUGAGAGGAGUUCUAUGCUGCCCCAGUCCUAGGCCGUGUGUGAGUGUCUGUGUUUUCUCUCUUCUCCGACCAUGGUGACUAGAAACAAUUGCUGAUACCGGACUGACAGAAUGUGGAAACAGCCUGGAAUUCUGAGCUCCCACAUCGGGGACUGCAGCUCUGAGAAGGUAGCUGACCCCAUCACUUGUGCUGCAGGAGAAAGGACCAACAUUUUGUUCUAUCAAAAACUGAAAUUUCAUAUUGGUUAGAGUCACAUUCCUUAGCUUUCUUUCUCUACACACACACCUGGGUAGCAUGUCCUGGGGUUAAAGCUUGCCUUUGCAAUUCAUUGAGGCCUUUGUCUCUGUACCCCAGUUUCCUUGUGUUGCUCUCCCAAAUCCCCCACUGCUGCCUCUCUCCCUUCUUCCCUCCUCCUUCCUCUCUCCUCCUGUCCCCCCCCCUCUUAUUCUAUCCCUGUCCCUGUCACUCUCCCCCUAUACAACACAAUUCAAACCUGCCUUCAAUGAAUUGAGAAAAAUUGAGUGGAGACAAAAAGAUGAAUUUCAAGGACAAUCUCUUACAGUUUUAGAAUUUAAUCAGACCAAAAUGAUCAGAGGGCCUUCGCCAUAUUUUUGUAGAUUUUCAACGUGAAAUUCAAUGCAUUUAUCAUUUGCAAAUUCUUGCCAAUCUCACAGAAGAAUUGAAGUGUGACAUCUUUAUUUAAUCUUAUACUUCAAGGUUACAGAGCUACAAGAGAAAGUUAGUUUUAUUUGUAUAAUGCAUAUGUUCACUGGUUCAAGUGAAUAAAUAUCAGCUCUAGAUACUUAUAACAUUAAAAAUUUGGAUGAGAUCCAAACUUUGAUUAACCCCACAUUUUGUGUUAAAUGUUAUUGUCUGUUUCUUCGUUCUUCUAGACCAUGACCAUUACUGAAGAGAGAGCUUAUGAGGGCUUAAAGUUCCAGAGCAUUAGAGUCCCUGGCCAUCAUGGCGGAGAGCACAGCGUUGGGCAGACAGGCAGGCAUGGUGCUGGGGCAGUAGCAGAGAGCUUCCACUCUUACCCACAAGUAGGCA